UGCGUGGCUACUUCAUCCAUAAUUUCUCUCCCCGUUGCAUACGUGUCAACCUUCAAGAACUCUCUUUCUUGUACCAGCCUUACCUCAACUGGUUUCCUUCAAAGUUUCUGAGUUUUGCAGAACCCAGAAAUGAAACUGUAGAAUCACUUUCACAGAAAAUAUGAGAGGGUUAGGUCCUCAUGCCCCUUUGCUUUCGAGGGGAAAGCCUCCUCCUUCCUUGGCAGUGGUGGAUGCGUUGCCUUCCUCUUCUCAUUUCACCAGAACCACCACGCUAUACCCAUGGAGUGACAUUAUGCCUGAAUUAUAUAUAGUAAGACGCAGACAGAAAUCAGGGUUGAGCUUUGCCCGUUGCACAAUUCGAGCCCUAGCAUCCAAUAUUAGUGGUGUUGAACCCGGAGAUUAUGGAAGCAGUAAUGAGAAAGAUGGCCACAAUGUCUUUGAAAAGAAUUCCGUAGAAGACAGUUCUUCUAAAGUUAUAACACUUACCGAUUUCUCAUACCGACUUAGCCUGACGAAUCUAUUAAGUGUGAAACCUCCUACUCAGAUCCCUUAUCCUCUCUCUAUAGCUUUUGUGCUGUUGGGAUGUGCUUUUGUAUUUUCACUAAUUGCCUUUGUCAAAGGAGGACCUUCAUCAAUUUUAGCAGCAAUUGCAAAGUCAGGAUUCACUGCUGCAUUUACAUUAAUAUUUGUUUCUGAGAUUGGAGACAAGACAUUCUUUAUUGCUGCACUCUUGGCAAUGCAAUUUGAGAAGGGAUUGGUCCUAUUGGGUUCAAUGGGUGCUCUUGGACUCAUGUCAGUCCUGUCUGUUGUAAUUGGCCGAAUCUUUCAAUCAGUGCCUGCUCAGUUUCAGACAACCGUGCCAAUUGGAGAAUAUGCAGCAGUAACCCUUCUUUUGUUUUUCGGCCUAAAAGCAAUAAAAGAUGCAUGGGAUCUUCCAUCUGAUGUGGCUAAGAAGGGUGAUAACAGCAGUCCUGAACUUGAUGAACUCGCUGAAGCAGAGGAGCUUGUGAAAGAGAAGGUAUCAAAAAAACUUUCAAAUCCUCUAGAGAUUAUAUGGAAGUCAUUCAGCCUCGUAUUUUUUGCUGAAUGGGGAGAUCGCUCUAUGCUUGCUACUAUUGCACUAGGAGCUGCUCAGUCUCCUUGGGGUGUGGCAAGUGGAGCCAUUGCUGGACACCUAGUCGCAACAACUAUUGCCAUUCUUGGAGGAGCAUUCCUUGCUAACUACAUUUCUGAAAAACUGGUUGGUUACUUGGGUGGAGGGCUGUUUCUAAUUUUUGCUGUGGCCACCUUUUUUGGAGUUUUCUGAUUCAUUGUUGUCUAUGCUUACACCUUUGGGGUGUGUAAUCUAUCAUUUAUGGAGUUGGAAGGAAUAAGACAUGCUCAUAACACAGAAAGAUUGCUGAGAGAACAGAGAAAAGCUCAUAUUUUAACUUUGUUAAAUUUGUUUAUCAGACAUCAGGAGCAAAUUGCUCACAUUGUUAGAGAAUAAGAAGCAUGAAAUGUGGCAUUAGAGUGAGGUGCGAAGAGAAACUUGUGCAAUUCUUUCUGGAGACUACCUUUUGUGGGGUUGUGCUUAUUUGUUGUAUUAAUAAAAAUAGUAGGAAUGUGCUGAUUUGUUGUAUUAAUAAAACUACAUCACAGAUUCAAAACUGUCAAUCAAAACAACUCUUCUCGUGUUAGAAAUGUAAGCUUUUGUACUGAAUAUAUUUUAGUUGUCACUUGUUAGGAUAUUAUGGAUGUUCGGUUUUAGGGUUUUUGUGAAUUAUAGGAAUGUAAAUGUGUUAUCUAUGUUUCAUGCACAA